AUGGACACAUCAAUUGGUGAUGAUGAUUUGUUUGAUAUGGCCAUUGCUCCUGCUGCAACAUCUGUUAAUCCAGUUCUUUCGGUUCCUGCUGUUGAUCUAUCAUCUAAAAUAGUGACUGGUCCUCCAAGUCAACAAUCUUCGGAAUCAUAUAGUGGAAGAAGAUUUUGCUGUUAUAUAAGUAAUCUAACUUGGUGGACAACAGAUGAUGAUUUAUCAGAGUUUGUCAUUCAACAGGGUUGUGAAACUCCUUUAGAUAUUAAAUUUCAUGAAUAUAAAAAUAAUGGUCAAAGUAAGGGAUUUGCAUUAGUUGUUUUUAAAAGUGAAAAUGAUGUUAAAACAUUAUCUGAAAAAUCAUUAGUUGCACGGUUACAUGAUCGUACAAUUCAGGUUUGGCCAUAUAAUAAACAGAGUUUAGCAAAAUUAGAAGACUCUACAAAGAAAAAUAAUGAUUUAGUAAAAAAGAAAGAUGGUGUUGAAAGUAAAUUAUCAGCUAUUAAUCAUCAAAAUAUUUCACAUACAUCCUCAAAUGGUAUCUCAAUUAAUUCAGGAAAUGCUCCUGCUCCAAUUAUUCCAAAGCCAAUUAGUUGUCUUCCAACUGUUAAUCUUGCCAAACCUAUCCAACAACCUAUUAAUCCUUUUGGUCCACCUGGAAUAAAUGGACCAAAUAUGAAUAUACCUAAAUUAAUGAAUUGUCUACCACCCGGUGUAAAUGUUAUGAAUCCUUUUAAUGGAUCAUUUAUAGGUAAUCAAGGAAUAUUUGGUGGUUUUAGUAAUACAUCAAAUGUUAUGAUAAAAUCUAUGGUUGGAAAAGAAAAAGAAAUAGAACAUUUAAAAGAAAUUGGAUUAUAUGCUAUAAGUAAGGCAAAACAGAAAGCUCAAAAUAAAGAUUACAGUGAAGCAUAUAGAAUAUUAAAAAAAGCAUAUGAACAGAUAUGUGAUUCAAAAUUAUGUAAUCAUGAACAAAUACAAGAUAUGGUUAAUGCAAUAAAGGAAGCUAUGGAUAAAGUAAGUGAGAGCAGAGAUGCUUAUGACAAAAAACGAAGAUCUCAUUAUCAUUCCCCAACUCCCGAUAGGGAUCGUAAAAAAAGACGCCGAUCUAGGGAUAGGUCUAGAGAUAGGGAUUCAGGUCGUGACUAUCGAAGCAGCAGGAGAUAA